AUGAUACAGCACAACUGCAUAGGGGAUGUAGGCUACCGAUCGUACAUUCGUUUUCUGGUACUGCGUUUUGCUUCAAAGGAGUUCUUCACGAGCGCGCCGCCGCCGAUUACCACCUCCGCAAUCGCGUCGCCGCCGGUCGCCACCCCCGCGAGCGCGCCGCCGCCGGCCACCACCUCCUCGGGCGCGUCGCCGCCGGUUGCCACCUCCGCCAGCGCCGUCGCCCGUCGUGAAGGGAGCCUUCGCCUCGCCGUCGGGCGCGCCGUGUUGGCCGCCAAGGUUGACCUCUAUAACCGCAACGGUGGAUGCAGUAUUACAGUGCAUACCUUCAGAUCGUCGAGCACCCGCUGGGACCGUGCGACCUCUACUGGCCACCGCCGCCUCCCGUUCGGGAAGCUCGAAGACCGCCGUGAUGCCGUCGUCCUCGGCGGAAACACCGUCCACUGGCUACUCCAGGAUGUCAACAAGAUCCUCACCUACGACAUCCGCAGAGAGUGGCUGGGCUCAGUGAAGCUCCCACCCACCAGCGGCGUAAAAAGCAGCCAAAGGAUCCUAGGGACGUCGACGGACGGUAGGCUGCGGCUGCUCACCGCCGAACGUUUCGUGAUAUCGGCGUGGCUGCAAGUCGAGGAUGGUUGGGUGAAGGAGGCGGUGAUCGACGUGGAGCAGAAUCUACGGUCACUGCUGCCCUCUAUGUCCCCGGACUGUAUGUGGAUUGCUUUCGAGCGCUUUGGGGAGAGGAGCCGCGUGGUGCUGUUUCGGGUAUAUCACGGUGAUGAUAUGUUGCUGCGUCCUAAAGGCCGGCUCGCUGUCCUAGACUUGGACACGAGGGAGAUGCACAUGCAAGAGGCAUAUCCCUCCUCCUUGUUGGUGGACAUCGACUUGUCCCAACACCUACAACAGGGUAUGAAAAUCUUUUCCUAG